AUGUCCGGGGUGUCCUCUACUGCGUCCGCUGAUGUUGAGGCCGGAUUCGAGUCGGUGGAUCGCAAUGUCAUCGGUGUCGGUCAGUUGGUGGGGGAGCUAAUAUCGGGUCCUGUUAGACUUGGUCUUGCCGUCGUUGUCGCUAUUGCUGUUGUCGUAGCCGUCGUCGUGUUCCUGGUUGUCUUAUUCGUCGUCGUCGUCGUCGUCGUUGUCGUCGUCGCUGACACGAUCGCCCGCUUGUCACACUUUAGAGUGGCCGUCUCAGCAUCGGUCUGCCUGGGCUUGUGUGUCUCUUAUCCAGUAGAUAUUCUGCGAGGCGUGUCUCUGUCUUCCUGGUUGUCUUUGGAGUAUAAUGCAGGCGAGUAGGAUGCGACACGACACGACACGAGGGAAAGAAGUGGGAAGCGACCGUCGUGUGAAGACGAGGUAGAAGAUGGCUGCUGUACCGACUGUAUCAGGCCAGGGAAGGUACCUAGAUACUGUAGGUAGGUGGCCGUUGCUUCCGCAGGAACAUGAGUUGGG